CAUUUAUAUGAAUGCGAAUGCAUAAUAUUUUAAAAUAAUUUAAUAUCAAGUCAGUGCGCAUUAGAACGUAUUUAGUAAUACUUGUCUUAAUCUGAUUCCGAUAUAUACCUAUACCCGAAACAAUGGAUAGGUUAAGAAAAUACUCGACAAGUGAAGCGAAAACGUUGCAAUACAUUUAUGAAUUUUUAUUGUCCAAUAACAUGACGAAGACUUCUGCUUGUUUCAUCGAAGAAUGCUGCAAAUUAAACAUGCCAGCACCGAAACUUACUGCAGAAUCCACCGAAACUCCAAAAAGUAAUCUGGUUUACUUGUCCAAAGAUCGCGCUGCAUCCAUUAUACAGUCUUUUAAAUCUGCAUCCAGGUUAACGUUUAUGAAGACGUGGGACGAUUUAUCCGACGAAAUAAAACAGAUUGAUGAGUAUCGAAAAUUGACGUUUUACCUUCAUGUUUACUACACCAUAUUGGAAUGUAAGAAACGUGUCAACAAAUCGGAAAACUGUAGUGACAAUAAUUGCGAUGAAAAUGACGAAAGCUCGAUGGCCGCUUUUCGCACUUUCUUACUCCAGAGAGGUGCCGAAUUCAGUACCGAAAACGAAUUUUUACCGUACUUCGCAUUGCCAUACGUGUUUGAACCGAUGCAACACCCAUCGUUUAAAAAUUUAUUCAAAGAAAAUCGAUGGUGUGAUUCGCUAAACAAAAGAUUGGAGAACUUUAUUUUGGAUAUCUCUAUUAAUUCGUCGAUUAUAUUAGUGCCCAGCAAAGAUGCAGGAAAACGAAAAUUGACGAAAAAAAAAUUUAAAACGCUGUAUAAGGAAUAUAAACCGCUAAAUGCUUUGGCCGCUGAACUUUUGAAUGCUUUGGAAAAUUCGAUUCGUGGACAAUCGAUUAAUUUGGAAAUUAUUUUAAAAAAUUGUAAUACUCUAUUGGAAAACAACGAUGAUAAUAAACAAAAUUUAGAAAUUGUUGACCACCAAUUCGAUUUGGCCAUUUUUAAAAUUAAACUUGAACUCCGAGAUGGUAACAGUACCAAGAACAAAUUACUUAUCCUACAAGCUUUGCGUUGGAGGCUAACCAAGUCUGAAAACAGAACCCACACAGUAUUAAUGAUAAAAAAAUACGAUCUAUUGGAUUUAUGCAAAUCUAAAGCUGAACAAGGACUCAUGAAAUGGCUAUUGAUGACAAACGGGCCACAUCCUCUACAACAAAUGAUAUCUAGACUACUAAACGCUCUGGCGUCAUAUAAUAGGGGCCGCAGAUAUUUGACGGGCUCUCCGUUUUUACUGCGUCUGAUCAUAACUCAGCUUAUAUCGUCACAACAUUUUUGGGACACGAUCACGAGCAACAUGCUGUUGGGAACGUUACAGAAGCUCAGUACGGGUUCGCGAGCCCGUAAAAGGAUGAUCGGAAAUGGUUUAACAACUUGGCUGGCUGACCAGCUCGUUCGGAAAAGCGAAUUCACCGGCGACCGGAACAAAUACGAGAUGUACGAUCUAGAAUAUAGUUUGGCACUGUAUAUGAACCUUUGCCAGUGUCAGUCGGCCGUCCGGGCUUGUGGCUCACGUGCUCGUAACCUAUUCAAGAGCUUAAGCGUUUUUAUGACUACGUUGGACGUGGACGUCAUGCCUUGCAUAUCUGGCAUCUUGUACAAUUUGUUCAAAAACCCAGAGAUGAUAGCCGUUGCUAAAGAAGAAGGGAUUACCGCAGUCGUGGAAAAAACAAUCGAGAGCAACAUAAACGCAUACCCUUCGGCGGUCGAGCAGUUAGUUGACGUUAGAAAUAUUUUGAUACAAAAUGAGCAUCCGGCUUUCGAUCAUUCGUCAUCGGAUGAUGACUACGAUUAUUUCAACGACGAUAGCGGCAACGAUGAGUAUGACAGCAGCAGUUCCGACGAAAAUAAUACAGACGAUGUCGAAAACUUGGAGGCAGAAUUGGACGAAGAUGAUCCACUAAAAAUUCAGCCCAACGGUGAAGAUUUUCUUUCAAACUACAAAGCGUGUGACAACACAAAAUAUACAACUUCAGAUCGAUACAAUAAUAAUAAUAAUAAAUAAUAAUGUCAAUCGAUCGAAAUGCUGAGCACCGUCACAUGAUGAAUGUUUAAGUAAAUCAAUGCAUUUUCAACAGCCACGCAUAAUAUUAUUAUUUAUUUAUUAUAUUAUAUCAAAUUAUAUUUUUCUAUUUUA